UUAUCCUUGGCAUAGCAAUUUAAACUAUUUAGUUAGUAUUUGUGUGUUUCGUCGUUAAUAUAAAUAAUAAAACAUUCCUGCAAAUAUGAAUCUGAAAAGUCUAAGCCCCAAAAAACUAUUACCAUCAUCCCCAAAGAAAAACAGAUAUUUUAAUAAAGCUGCUAUGGUUUCUAAACUGGACAUAUCGUGGACUCCUUUACGAAACAAGUUUAUAACUUGGACCUACGACACUAUAAACUUGUACGAGAUCAAACCUACACAAGAGGCUCCUCAAAAUGCUAUUAAGAUAUCUAAGACCACCAGCGCGGACAUAAUAGCGUGCGUGAACAAUUUGCAUUACUUGAAGUGUUUAGACAUUCACCCUAAAUCCGAGAAAGAUUUGUUUCUCGCUUUGGGUUUCUCAAAUGGAAAAAUUCGAUUAUCCACGUUUGGGGAGCUUGAAUGGGACUCAAAAACUUUUUCGGGCAGGGAAUUGGUUCCAAAAUAUUCAAGGCAAUGCAACACUGUGGAGUUCAAUCCAGUAGAAAACAAUCUACUGGCCACGAGCUUCGAUAAAUAUAAACCAGAUCAUUGUAUCGCUAUUUGGGAUAUCAAUCAAGUACCAUCGUCAUGUGAAAUCAGUACUUUUCAAUCCGAAAAAGCUUCGCCAGGAACGGAUAACCCAAAACCUUUGUGGGAAUUUGGGAUGGCCGAACAUUGCCAGACUAUCGUAUGGUUUCAUAACAACUGCAAAAUUCUGGCGGCAGGGAUGAAUUUGAAACAUAUUAAGCUGUUUGACAUUCGUGAAUCGCCAAGAUUAGUAAGUACCACAUUAACCAAGGCAGCUUUUGGAAUAUGUGCCAAUCCAAAAGAUGAUAAAUACUUAGCUUCAUACUUUGAAAAUCAAGUAUUUAUUUGGGACACCAGAAACAUGGAGAAACCUAUUCAGGUUCUAACGCAGAACAGGCCCGUAGCGAAACUCGCCUGGAAUCCAAUCAAGAGUUGUAGGGUGACGUCUCUACUGAAAGACAGCGGUAUUUUCUACUUGUUUGACAUCGAGCACCCGAUAAUAGGAAGUGAACAGGUGGAACCAACGGUUCUGGAGAGGAUUGUUAAUCCUAAAUCGACAGGACCGUUGGCAUCUUUCUGUUGGCAUCCUACUGACGACAAUAGGAUCUUAAGUGUAGGGCCUGGAGAUAGAAAUAUAAUUAUCGAUCAUCAGCUGUAUGACAGGAUAACUGUCAAUUGCACCCCGUGGUUCCAAAUUGUAUGGUCUCACGGCAAAAAAGUGUUGAAAAGUUUAGACCACAGCACAGUUCCUGCAAUGCAGGAUAUAGCUGUCAAAAUGAAAGACAGAGCAAAAGAAGAAUACGGUUUAGCUGAAGAGUUAUGUAAGAACGCGAAUAUAGUGAAGAACGAUGAAGUACUCUCUAAUGUCUGGAAUUGGCUAGAUUUGUGUUUAAAAUUGGUCGAAGAGAACCAAAUAGUGCUGCCGGCAGGGUUUCCAUACAAACAUCCAGGAGUUAUGUACAUUUUGAAUAUAGACCCAGAUAGAAAUCCUUCAGAGACUGUCACCGUGUCAUGGAAUGAGUUGGGACAUGCCAAUUGUAGCGGAACCAUAAAAUAUUACAAACACGACGAUAGAAACAACGCUCUACUUCUAUGCAGCUGGCCAAUAGAACGGGACACUGACUCAUUGAGUACUAUCAUUUCCAGCCUAGAAAGAGCAGGAGCCUACACCAGAGCAGCCGCUUUGGCUGUUUUUAACCUCAAUGUCCCACUAGCCAUAGAAAUAUUAGGCAGAGCUCCAGCUAGUUUUAACUCAGCUAUGGUAAUCUUGGCGCUGUCUGGCUUUUCGGACGAUCCCAACAGCGUCUGGAAGAGAUUUUGCACUACUUCAAUCCAUUCACUGACCGAUCCUUACUUGAAGGCCAUGUUUGGGUUUUUGGCAGGUGACAAUAACUAUCACACUGUGUUGUAUGAGUCCGAUAUCACUGUAGACGAUAAGGUGGCAUUGGCUUGUGUUUACUUGGCUGAUAACAAAUUGAAGGAGUAUAUGAGCAGGCUGGCUAAAGAUUUGUGCAAGCAGGGGAAUUUGGAUGGACUGCUGCUUACAGGAAAUAGCCCUGAAGGAUUAAAGCUUCUGGAAAAAUACAAUAAUAAUACAGGGGAUAUUCAGUCUACUACCCUGAUAGCAGUUAGAGCCUUCCAUAAUGAGAUCAACUCUGUUGCAGUUCUCAAUUGGAUUUUAAAUUACAGAAAUUUGCUCAACACUUGGAAGCUCUGGUUUCAGAGGUGCGAUUUCGACAUAAUGGUGGCAAAAUACAAAAAAGACAAACCGCCACCGCAGAUCUACGUCUCUUGUAACUAUUGCGGGAAAAAUAUCUCGGCUCACAUGCGCAACCUGAGAACUCAGCAAUAUUCCAGGCUCAACGUUGCCGGUACAUCGAAUAAGUUAACUGCUUGUCCGCAUUGUCGCAAGCCACUGCCCCGAUGUACAGUGUGUUUGAUGAAUAUGGGCGAGCCCGUAGAUGACGAGGACUCGGACAAGCCCAGAUCUUUUGACAGCUGGUUCGCUUGGUGUCAGUAUUGUAGGCAUGGCGGACACGCCAAACACAUAACUAACUGGUUCGCAGAACACGUGGAAUGUCCACAAGUAGGAUGUACUUGCAGGUGUUUUAGGUUAGACCAAACGGCGUGCAAAAACUGACAUUAGACAGUUUUUUAAAGAGAAUUUUUAUUUGUAUAUACAUUUUGUUAGUUUGAAAUAGAAAAAACACUCUGUGAGUUUAAAUGAAUAUAACCAAGCAGAACCAUAGGAAAUCAGUAGGAAAAUACUGCGAUUUCAAGCGAUAUUUACCAUACUAUCGAAAAAAAAAACGACGUCAAGUAGCCGUUUUCAUAGACCGCUACGACGCCGUUUUUUUUUCUAUUACACGCUACAUUAUCUUACAUUUUGCUUGCGUGUGCUUAUUUAAUCUGCGAUUUCCAGUGAUACAUACCGUACUCUCGAAAAAAAAACGUCGGCCAGUAGCAAUUUUCGAUGACCACUAUGAUACCGUUUUUUUUUCGAUUAUCCGUUACAUUUUACACGUAUAUAAUUGUUUAACUUCACGGAGUCGUUCUGUAGAUUAAAUUUUAAGCCUAAAAAACAGACUGAUUAUUUUAAGUAAGCUCUAUUCAUAUUUUGUGUUAUUUUAUAAAAAAAAUAGUUGACAAACUUUUUAUUCAUAUUUUUAAGACACAACUACCUCUUAUUGUAUAAGUUUUUAGUGUAAUCGUUCGUUUUUUAUAACCAUUAGCGAAAAAAAAAUAGAUGAAAAAAAAAACAAUUUUUUUAGAGGAAAACAACAUAGUUUUAUUUUCCCUCGUAUAUAUUACACAGUAUGAAAAACUUUAUAUAAAAUUUAAGAUUUGCUUUUACGUGUAUUAUAAAUCAAAAAGACUGCGUGUUUGACAUAUAAACUACAAAUAAUCUAAUAAUAAUAACAAAAUACUAAAAACACAAAAAAAAUAAUUAUUUCAUUACAUCCGGUAUAAUACAAUGACCUAGAAGAUCU